AUGGGCGAGCAUGUUUGCGCCGGAAGUUCAGACACAGACGAGAAGGCAGACCCAUCAUCAGCAGACGAACCUGCCUCAACAGCUCCGCCAGCGCCAGCAACAUCAUUGUUUGGUCGACUGAACCCUUUUAGCGCCUUGUCUGCAGAGCAGCCUCCGGCGCCGCAAGUGGACACUUCUGUCGGUGACCGACUAUCCACAGGCCCGUCCCAAGACACUCGCGGAUCGAUCAGUCUAUCGCCAAAGACCCAAAACGCACGACCUGGUCUCGGUGAUGAUUCACAACCGAUGCGCCGGCCCAGCACCUUCGCGACGGGUAACGAGAAGGACCGAGCCCCAAACUUGCUACAACGUAUGAACAGCAUGACCCCUGGGCCAUUCGAUACGGAUCGACGGCCGUCGGCGAGUGGGCGCAGUGUCUCUGAUUUCCGUCCGACUACGCCGUUGGGUCGCAGCAUGACGGACUUGCGGCCAAACACACCAGCACGCAGCAUGACAGAUCUAAGACCAAAUACGCCAGCGCGGAGCAUGACAGACCUAGCACCGAACACACCAGCGCGUAGCAUGACAAAUUUGCGACCAAAUACACCAGCAGGCAACAUGGCAGAUCUGCGGCCUACCACCCCCAUUGAACGGCCAGGGACAUCGGCAUCAAACAUUUCUGCUGGACCCGGGAAUCCGCUAACGCCAAUGAGAGGGAACGGGCCGGAAGGAUUUGGCCCUCUCCCACGGGGGCCGCCGCCAAAUGGGCUCUCUCCUUCGGGACCUCCUCCCACGGGACCUCCGCCACCAGGACCUGUCCAACAAGACCUGAAGCCCGACGACGCCCUCACCAUGCUGAAUCGCGCCGAAACCUUUCCCCGGCCAAACCAAACUCCAGAGCCACCUCACCGGACACCAUCCGCACCUGGAUUCCGUCCCGAACGGCCCCGACGACCGUCCGAAGCAGCUAGAGAUGCUGGAAGAGGCCCGAUGCCAGGUCCGGUGCCAGGUCCAAUGUCAGGUACGAUGUUAGGCCCGAGGCCAGGCGCGAUGCCAGGUCCAAUUCCAAUGACCAAUGAUCGAAUGAGAAGGCCGAGUAGGGGCCCGGAUACAUCCCGUCCCCCGCCGCCGCGAACCGGCCUCGUUCGGGCGAGAACUACUGGGCCAGAUGGAGCCCCAGCGGUACCAGCCAUCAAUCUCGCGGAGGAAUUCGGAGUCGGAAACCCGUAUCAUCAACCAUCCGAAUCCGUUUCGUCCAACGGGUCAAGCCAGGCUUCCUCACAGGGUUCAAGCCAAGGUAAUACCAUGGAGCGCCGGCCAAGUCAGGCAAGUCAGGCUAGCUCGAGGACCAGUCCACCCCGAUCCGUGGCAUCUAGUGGGAGGAAAGGAUCGGACACGCCGACACUUGACAGCUCUGUGACAGACCUGCAGUCUGUCGCAGACGAGGAUGGAGGUAAACUGACGCGGACGCCGUCCACGCAAUCAGUCCCUUAUGAUGGUGGUAUCCCUCAAGCCCUCCGGAAGCUGAGACCACCACCCCUUAGCAAAAGGCCACCACCUCCAGACGGUGGAUAUGAUCCACGAAUUGACCCGCGCUUGCAGCGGAAUAAGUCGCCCUUAGCUUCACCUGCUCUCGAUCUUUCAGGUCUCGACGACCCAAUGAAUCGCCAAUUUGAUCGCGGAGUGUCCACACAGCCCGCACCAUCUGCAUCUCCGCUGCUGGCUUCGGCAACAAUUGAGAGAAGGGAUCGGUCCUCAACCGCCACGGCGAAUAGUCAACAAGAACGCCCCCCUUCUCAAUCCUCUCAGCGCCCAACAGAGCGGAGCAGUAGCCAGUCCCUGUCCGCACCGGAGGAACAACAACAAGAAGAAGAGCCGUCACAGCCAGAAUCUCCUGCGUCUCCGGCAGAGGAGCGAAACGAGCCUCAAAUUAAAACACAGACUAAGGAGCGACAGCCUUCUCAGUCAUCGCAGCCCGCAGAGCCGCCAUCUGCGAAGCCCAAUGAGGAGCAACAAGAACCGAAGACGCAAACGAGCCCACGGGCUCCAGGGCAGGACGAACGGCCGCGUCGGAGCAUCGAUCGAACUGCGAAGCUAGACCAAGACCGGGAGCGGGCGCCCUCGCAGCCUCGGCAGCCUCCUGUGACUACCUCAUCUCGUGGCGACUGCAAAGGCUGCAAUCUGCCCAUCACGGGCAAAUCCAUUUCCAGCGCAGAUGGCCGUUUGACAGGACGCUACCACAAGGCCUGCUUCGUAUGCUUCAACUGCCACCAGCCCUUCUCCUCCGCAACCUUUUACGUCCAUCAGGACCGACCGUACUGUGAGCGCCAUUACCACGAGCUGAACGGGAGUCUCUGCGGUAGUUGCGACAAUGGCAUCGAAGGCCAAUACCUCGAGGAUGAACGGCGCAGGAAGCACCACAUCGGCUGUUUCCGUUGUGGCGAUUGCAAGCUCGUGCUGAAGGACGGCUAUUUCGAGGUUCAUGGGAAAGCUUACUGCGAAAAGGAUGCUUGGAGGAGGGUGCAGUGGCUCGCUAAUAAUGGCGGAGGUCCGGGUCGGAAGCCUCCUCCGCCUGGACCGCGGUUCGGACCUCCUGGAGCAGCCGGGCCACCACGGACCGGGCCUAUGGGUCCUGGUAUGGGUGGUAUGGGCCGCCCCGGCAUGGGCCCCAUGGGCCCCAUGGGGAUGGGUCCGGGCGCGCAUGGACUGCCGCCGCCGGGCAUGCCUCGCAUGGAGAAGCGUAUGACUAGACUUGGCAUGAUGUGA